AUGGGGUUCCUCGAGGACUUCCAAGCCAGUGUUGAAGCAUUGCCAUCUAUGCUGCAUCGGAACUAUUCAUUAAUGCGAGAAUUAGAUAAAAGUUUGCAAGGUGUGCAACUAGAAAAUGAGCAGCGCUGUCAGCAAGAAAUAGAGGACAUUAAGCAUGGACUUGAAUCUGGAAGUAUUACAUAUGACCCAGCAAAAUUGAAAUUUUCUGAAGAAGCAAUCGAGGAGCAGAAACACUGUGUUAGAAUUGCUGACGAGAAAGUGGCUUUAGCCACACAGACUUAUGACCUGGUUGAUGCUCAUAUCCAACAGCUAGAUCAAUUUAUGAGGAAACUUGAAGAAAUUCGGCAAGAAAAAGAGGCAGCUGCAGCUGUUACUCCAGGGACUGCUGUUGCUACUACUGCCACUCCAACUGUGAAUGUCGGAGUGACAACUGCUGAUGCUACUCCGAAGAGUGGUCGAUCUGGCGAAAGAGGCAGAGGGGGUCGGAAGAAGUUUAAAGUACCUACGGAGCAGCCAGUGCCACCUAUUGAUUUAGAAUUGCCUGUGGAUCCUAACGAACCUACAUACUGCCUCUGCAACCAAGUCAGCUAUGGUGAGAUGGUGGCAUGCGACAAUCCUAAUUGCAAAAUCGAGUGGUAUCACUAUGGCUGUGUGGGCGUCAAGGAGCAGCCUAAGGGAAAGUGGUAUUGCCCAAAUUGCAUCGGAUUCCAGAAGAAGCGAAAAGGCAAGUGA